UGAACAAGAUGGCUGUGUGUCGGGGAGCGGAGAGCUGGGAAUAGGGGGUGGGGGGAUAGUCAUUGAUUCCGGCGGAUAAAAUAUAUUUUUAACUCCAACAUCCGAAAGACUCGUGUUUAGUCUUGCGCGACAAGGAAUCAGUUUGGUCGUCCAUGGGACGAGGCGUAAAAGGGCCAAGCAGAGAAGCGACGGUGGACCUCCCCGUUACGAAAAGGGUGUUGUAGCCUCCAGAUUAUUACAGGAAAAAACAUUCCUGUGAAGAAAUUCUUCAACAACUAUAGGCUCAUUGGAGAGAUGUCAUUGUUGUGUGUCGGUGUGAAGAAAGCCAAGCUCGAUGGACCGCAAGAAAAGUUCAACACAUACGUGACGCUGAAGGUGCAGAAUGUCAAGAGCACGACCAUCGCCGUGCGCGGAGGCCAGCCCUGCUGGGAGCAGGACUUCAUGUUCGAGAUCAACCGGCUGGACCUGGGGCUGACGGUGGAGGUCUGGAACAAAGGCCUGAUCUGGGACACCAUGGUGGCCACUCUGUGGAUCCCCCUGCACAGCAUCCGCCAAUCAAAUGAGGACGGACCGGGCACGUGGCUCACCCUGGACUCCAACGUCAUCAUGGCUGAGAACGAGAUCUGUGGAACCAAAGACCCCACCUUCCACAGGUUGCUGCUGGACACCCGCUUUGAGCUGCCCCUAGAUAUUCCAGAGGAGGAGGCCAGGUACUGGGCCAAGAAACUGGAACAGCUCAACGCCAUGAGAGACCAAGACUUCGGUUACCAAGAUGAGCAGGAGAGGCCUCUGCAGCCUCCGACAACGCAGUGCUGUAACUGGAGUUUGUGGGGUGAGCAACAGCACGAAGACCCCGACAGCGCGGUGGACGACCGCGACAGCGACUACCGCAGCGAGACCAGUAACAGCCUCCCUCCCCCGUACUACACCACCUCGCAGCCCAACGCCUCCAUGCACCAGUACCCCAUGAGAGGGCCCCCCUCCCUGGGCUCCUACAGCGAGGACAUCAACCACCUGGACGACGACGGCCGAGCCAUGAGACACUAUGAUAGUUUAGACUCGGCCGCCAACGGGCGCAGCGAUCUCGACUCGGGCUCCGGGUCGAGCCGGCGCACCAGCCGCCAGUAUUCUCUAGACAGUAGGCGCUCGCUCUCCGAUAGCCCGUCCGACAGCCGCUACGCCUCCUCGGGGGACCUGAGCCGCGGCAGCUCCCAGCUCAGCGAGGACUUCGGCCCCGGGGACGGCGGGAGCCCGCGGGGGUCCGAGUUCUACGACGAGAACGACUCGUACCACUCCUGCCACUCCUCCGUCAGCUACGGCAAGGGGGGGGGCUCGCCCGGCUGGGAGGGCGGCGAGGGCCCGGCCGGGGGCUUCAGCGACGACGGGGAGGGGGGCUACUUCAAGGACGGCGGCGAGGAGGGGGCCCUCUACGACGGGGGGGAGGCGGAGCUCUACGGGGGCGGAGCCGUGGAGGAGGCGGAGCUAGGAGGCGGGGUCGUGGGCUACGGCUACCAGAACGGGAACGGGGAGACGGCGUACGAGGGGGAGGAGGAAGAGGGGGACGUGUACCGGCUGGAGCGCGCGCUCAGCGAGGACCAGGAGCCCCCCUACACCCCCACGCCCCCCAGCGGCAGCCCCGCCCCGUUCCCUCCCGCCGAGGGCGUGGCCGCCGCCCCCGGCCGCCCCCCCCUGGAGAAGCAGGCGUCGCUGCGCCCCCCGCCCCCCGGCCCCGACCCCGGCCCGGGCCUCCUGGGGCCCCUGGCUGCUGGGGGCCCCGACGGCUCUGCACCACCCUUCAGCUCGCUGUCGGCCCCCAAGCUGCCCUUCACCCCCGGCAGGCCGGACCUCGCCAUCUCCGCCGCCGCCGCCGCCGCCGCCUCCACCACCUCCAUCGUCUCCACCGCCUCCACAUGCCCCCCGUUCCCCACCUUCUCCACCGCCACGGCCCCCGCGGCGGCCGGGGCCCCGACCCCCCAGGGCCCGGAGGCUGAUCUCAGGCCGGAGGGGCAGUACGAGGAGCCGGGGCCCCCGGCGGUGGAGAGCCCGCCCUUCGGCCCCGGGGGGAUACCAGGGACUCCCCCCGCCACAAGCUUCCCGAAGAGGAUGGAGAUGGAGCCCGGGACAGCCAGGGCCAAGGCCAACUGGCUCCGCCUCUGCAGUAGGGUACGGCUACAGCUGAAAGAGGCCCGAGGUGAGAGUGUGGGGAUGGCAUCGCUGCUCCUCUCUGCGGGUGUGGGCGGAGCGCUGUACAGCAUCGACAGCAUGCCAGACCUCAGGAAGAGGAACACCAUGCCUCUUGUCAGGGAUCUGUCUCUGGUUCAGAACUCCAGGAAGGCGGGCAUCACGUCUGCACUGACAUCGAGCACCCUGCACAACGAAGAGCUGAAGAGCCACGUGUACAAGAAGACCCUGCAGGCCCUCAUCUACCCCAUCUCCUGCACCACGCCGCACAACUUCGAGGUGUGGACGGCCACCACGCCCACCUACUGCUACGAGUGCGAGGGGCUGCUGUGGGGCAUCGCGCGCCAGGGCAUGCGCUGCACCGAGUGCGGCGUCAAGUGCCACGAGAAGUGCCAGGACCUCCUCAACGCCGAUUGCCUCCAAAGGGCGGCGGAGAAGAGCUCCAAGCACGGUGCGGAGGACCGCACGCAGAACAUCAUCAUGGUCCUGAAGGACCGCAUGAAGAUCCGCGAGAGGAACAAGCCCGAGAUCUUCGAGCUCAUCCAGGAAGUGUUCGCCGUCAUCAAGGCGACCCACGUCACGCACAUGAAGCAGAUCAAGCAGAGCGUGCUGGACGGCACGUCCAAGUGGUCGGCCAAGAUCAGCAUCACGGUUUUGUGUGCCCAGGGCCUCCAGGCGAAGGACAAGACGGGCUCCAGCGACCCCUACGUCACCGUCCAGGUGGGCAAGACCAAGAAGAGGACCAAGACCAUCUAUGGGAACCUCAACCCCGUCUGGGAGGAGAACUUCAACUUCGAGUGCCACAACUCCUCGGACCGCAUCAAGGUGCGCGUUUGGGACGAGGACGACGACAUCAAGUCUCGCGUGAAGCAGAAGUUCAAGCGAGAGUCGGACGACUUCCUGGGCCAGACCAUCAUCGAGGUCCGCACACUGAGCGGGGAGAUGGACGUCUGGUACAACCUAGACAAGCGUACGGAUAAGUCUGCGGUCUCGGGCGCCAUACGGAUGCACAUCAACGUGGAGAUCAAAGGAGAGGAGACCGUCGCUCCGUAUCACGUUCAAUACACCUGCCUGCACGAAAACCUGUUCCACUACGUGACGGACAUCCAGAACACCGGAGUGGUGAAGAUCCCCGACGCAAAAGGGGACGACGCCUGGAAGGUGUACUUUGAGGAGACGCCUCAGGAGAUAGUGGACGAGUUUGCCAUGCGCUACGGAGUGGAGUCCAUCUACCAGGCCAUGACCCACUUUGCCUGCCUGUCCUCUAAGUACAUGUGUCCGGGCGUACCAGCUGUCAUGAGCACCCUGCUGGCCAACAUCAACGCCUACUACGCCCACACCACCCAGGCCACCAACAACGUCUCCGCCUCAGACCGCUUCGCUGCCUCCAACUUCGGGAAAGAGAGAUUCGUGAAACUCUUGGACCAGCUCCAUAACUCUCUGAGGAUUGACCUUUCCAUGUACCGGAACAACUUCCCCGCCAGCAGUCCUGAGAGGCUGCAGGACCUCAAGUCCACGGUGGACCUGCUCACCAGCAUCACCUUCUUCAGGAUGAAGGUCCAGGAGCUUCAGUCCCCCCCCAGGGCCAGUCAGGUGGUGAAGGACUGUGUCAAAGCCUGUCUCAACUCCACCUACGAGUACAUCUUCAACAACUGUCAUGAACUUUACAGCAGAGAGUACCAGACAGACCCGGCCAAGCAGGGGGUGGUCCCCCCCGAGGAGCAAGGGCCCAGCAUCAAGAACUUGGACUUCUGGUCAAAACUCAUCACCCUGAUCGUGUCCAUCAUUGAGGAGGACAAGAACUCCUACACUCCUUGUCUCAACCAGUUUCCCCAGGAGCUCAACGUGGGGAAGAUCAGCGCCGAGGUGAUGUGGAACCUGUUCGCUCAGGACAUGAAGUACGCCAUGGAGGAGCACGAGAAGAACCGUCUGUGUAAGAGUGCAGAUUACAUGAACCUGCACUUUAAAGUCAAGUGGCUGUACAACGAGUACUGCAAGGACCUGCCGUUCUUCAAGAGCAGGGUGCCCGAGUACCCUGCAUGGUUCGAGCCAUUUGUCAUCCAGUGGUUGGAUGAGAAUGAAGAGGUGUCUCGAGACUUCCUCCACGGAGCUCUGGAGAGAGACAAAAAGGACGGGUUCCAGGUGACGUCGGAGCACGCGCUCUUCUCCUGCUCCGUGGUGGACGUGUUCUCCCAGCUCAACCAGAGCUUCGAGAUCAUCCGCAAGCUGGAGUGCCCCGACCCGCAGAUCGUGGGACACUACAUGAAGAGGUUCGCCAAGACCAUCAGCAACGUCCUCCUGUCCUACGCUGACAUCAUCUCCAAGUGCUUCGCCAACUACGUCAACAUGGAGAAAGUGCCCUGCAUCCUCAUCAACAACAUUCAGCAGCUGAGGGUACAGCUGGAGAAGAUGUUUGAAGCCAUGGGAGGGAAAGACCUGUGUGUGGAGGCGAGCGACAUCCUGAAAGAUCUGCAGGUCAAACUGAACAACGUCAUGGACGACCUCAGCAGGGUCUUCUCUGUCAGCUUCCAGCCGCACAUCGAGGAGAACGUGAAGCAGAUGGGAGACAUCCUGGGCCAGGUGAAGGGGACGGCCAGCGUGGGCAACGCCAGCAGCGUGGCCCAGGACGCCGACAACGUGCUGCAGCCCAUCAUGGAGUUCCUGGACAGCAACCUCACGCUGUUCGCUAAGAUCUGUGAGAAGACGGUGCUGAAGCGCGUGCUGAAGGAGCUCUGGAAGCUGGUGAUGAACACCAUGGAGAAGACCAUCGUGCUGCCGCCGCUCACAGACCAGACGGGGAGGUUGAAGAAUGCGUCUCACAGCGAUGGUACUCAGCUCAUCUUCAAUGCUGCCAAGGAGUUGGGACAGCUGUCCAAGCUAAAGGAGCACAUGGUUCGAGAGGAGGCCAAGGCCUUGUCACCCAAACAGUGUGCUGUGAUUGAGCUCGCCUUGGACACCAUAAAGCAAUACUUCCAUGCGGGGGGCGUGGGUCUGAAGAAGACCUUCCUGGAGAAGAGCCCUGACCUGCUGUCUCUCCACUACGCCCUAUCCCUCUACACGCAGGCCACAGACAAGCUCAUCAGGACCUUCGUCCAGUCCCAGAACGCACAAGUGUUCGACGGCAAGGGGGUGAGGUGUACUGCUAGUGAGGAUGUGUGCCCGGAGAAGGGUAUGUUGGACCCCAGCGCCCUGAGCAGCGAGGUAGGCCCGGAGCUGUACGAGCUGCAGGUGUGUGUGAAGGACUACUGCUUCGCGCGGGAGGACCGCACGGUGGGCCUGGCGGUGCUGCAGCUGCGGGACGUGGCGUCCAAGGGCAGCGUGGCGUGCUGGCUGCCGCUGGGUCGCCGCGUGCACAUGGACGAGACGGGCCUGACCGUGCUGCGCAUCCUGUCGCAGCGCAACAACGACGACGUGGCCAAGGAGUUCGUCAAGCUCAAGUCGGACCAGCGCUCCGUCGAGGAGGGGCGGAGCUAGGGCUGAACCCCGGCCCUAACCCCGCCCCUCGCUCCGUCCAUGUGAUACUGUCGUGAGGAGAAGCACGCGCGAGUGUGUGUGAGACGGGGUCUCUACGGUCGUGUUCAAAGACGUGUCCGUUCGUCUGCUGUGAGUCAGCUUUGUGUUUUUGUGUUAUACAAAACAUUUGGUUGUCCGUACCGCACAAAAAAAGUAUUUUUAUUGUAAUAGAUAUAUCAUCAAUCAAUCACAAACACAUUUCAAAAACGUGUAAAAAAAAAAAAAAAGAGUGAAGGACAUUUAGUAAUAUAUCUAUACAGAAUUUA